CUCUGGUCAGAGCUUGUUGGUCAGAGCAUGAACACAGCCAAGAUGUCUGCCUGUGUGGUGUGGAUGUUGAUCCUUGCCUGGGUGUCCCAUGAAGCAUUUUGCCUGAACCCUCAAGAUCAUAUUCUGGAAACAGAUGAUUUUCCUCAGGACGACAGAUUCCGGCCUGCCAUCGGAAACGGACAUAUCGCCACCAACGUCCUCAGUGACACUAUAUACAUGAACGGCGUCUUCAACGGCAGGAGGAGCGACAGUCACAGGGCUAGAAUACCCGCUACGUCAUCCAUUGACGCCAUUGACAGGGGACACAACUCGUCACGCCAUUAUUCACUUGACAUGCUCAGAGGUAUUUUCACACAGACUAUCAAAAGAGACGAUGCAGACAUCGCCAUACAGUAUUUUGCCCACAGAACGAUGACUAGGCUGCUUGUCACCAUUGUUACUAUGACUAGACGUCGCCAAGGGGUGAUUACUCUCAACUUGACCAUAAACCGUGGUGAAGAUAGUAACGAUCUCACCAGGAGCAUCCCUAAUAUAACUCGUGGCAGUGACAGAAGGGAGUACAUGGCAAGGACGAAAAUACCGGAAGUUGACGAAGGUCAAAGAACCAGAGUAUUCCAGUUCUGGACGCACGUGCCAGAUCUCCUUGUCCUGAAGCCUGACAAUGCCAACAUGUCGUCGGUGUUCAUAACCGCCAUCAGCACCGACCUUGAGGACGCCCUCCACGCCUACAACAUCGCCAUGGCCAUGUCUUCAGACACCUUGCUGGUCACCCACGCUGAGGCCUGGCGCAAGGUGUGGGAGGAAGGUCAUCUGGAGGUGAACGGGAACCAGGAUGUAGCUUUGAGUCUUAACGCCGGUCUCUACUACAUCCUGUCUUCGAUUCCCCUCAGUCGGGACCCGCUCAACCCCUUCAUGGGACUCAGCCCAGGUACUUUCUCCAUUCCUCUAGGUCAAGGCCAGUGUCAGCUGAAUCAAAGCGUUGUGCUUAUAGGCGUCAUGGGACCCGACGAGUACCACUACAACGUCAACAACUCUGUCUUCACAAACUACAACGCCAAACUGAGUCUGGAGCUGCCAGCCUAUAUCAGAGACACCUACAACCCGUAUCUCAGUGAGACAGAGCAAGGCGAAAUAGACACAUUCUCCCAUAUUGCCAAGAACAUGUUGAUUCUGUUUGAUGAGAAGAAACAGUUUCAUCCUCAGUUCGAGGGAUUUGCUCUCAAUGAGAGCAUCAAACAGUCAGACGUGGUGCUGUUAGGUUUCCCGCUCUUGAUGUCAAUGCCACGCAACGUGAGAAGGAACGAUCUCGUCAUCUAUGAAAAAUUGACCGAUCGUGUAGGUCCGGACACCGGCACGUGGAGCAUGCACUCACUGACCCGACUGGAACUGAAUGAGAAGGAGGCGGCGGCAGACGACUUCCGGAUGAUGUUUAGGAAUAUCAAUGGUCCUUUCAAAAUAUUCAGCGAGAAGCCGGCAUCAAACCCUUCUGGAAUCCGCUGUGUUAAUUUCAUCACUGCCGCAGGGGGGCUUCUUCAGACAGCCAUAUUUGGUUAUGCAGGAAUCAGAUAUCGCAAUCACCAUCUAGACAUAAGACCACGGUUGCUCCCCAACUCGACUGACUGGGCGGUCAGAGGUCUUCACUAUCAGGGCUUCACUGUGGAUGUAGAGAUUUUCCAGAACAUGUUCAAAUUAACCCUUGUCAAGGAUAGAAGGGAUAAGGAAAUAUGUUUGUCAAAUAAGAAUGAGGCAUGUGAAAUCCUGAAGCUAAGGAAAAGUGUAACUAAACCACAGCAGAAGUUCAAGAUCUUCAUCAGAGACCCAAGGGUCGGGACUGCAACUUUAGCCUUGAGGAUACAACCUUCAGUUCUUCUACAACUUAGCCUCUUACUGCCAUUGGUAACUGUGUUUACAUUGUAAUAUAUGGGCAUGCAUUCGAGCUUUAUGACACUACGCUGGUUGGGUACAGGGGCGGAUCCGGGAUUUAA